AUGACCCCCACAAUUGCAGCUUCUACUUCAACAACUGUUGCUCCCACGACCACAACUGCAGCAGCUCCUACAACAUCAACUGUAGAUGCUUCCAUAAACACAACAGCAGCACCUACUACGUCAAUCACAACUGCAGGUCCUACUACCAUUUUAACUCCAACGACAAGCACAACUGAGGCUCCUUCAGACGUCACUACUGUUGCUCCUUUGAACCCCACAAUUGCAGCUUCUUCUUCAACAACUGUCGCUCCCACGAUCACUACAACUGCAGCAGCUCCUACAACAACAACUGUAGCUGCUUCUACAUUUACUACUGCAUCCCCUACUGCAACCACAACAGAAGCUCCUUCUACAACAAAUGUAGCACCAAUGACUUUAGGAACAACAGUCCCAGCGACGACAGCAGCUAAUUCCUCAACUUUAGCUCCUUCAAUGCCAAUCCCAACUGCAGCUCCUACAACAACAACUCUUGCUCCUACGACCUCUACAACUUCAGCACCAACUACUUUAUUCACAACUGCAGUUCCUACUACCAUUUUACCUCCUUCGACAACCACAACAACAUCCACUACAACAACUGUAGCUCCUACAAUCUCAAUCUCAACUGCAGGUCCGACUACCAAUUUAACUCCAACGACAACCACAACUGAAGCUCUUACAGACAUCACAACCGUAGCUCCUAUGCCCACCACAAUUGCAACUUCAACUGUAGCAUCACCUACAACAACAACUGCAGAUGCUUCCACAACCACAGGUGCAGCACCUACUACAUCAAUCACAACUGCAGUUUCUACUAUCAUUUUACCUCAAUCGACAACCACAACAACAUCCACUACAACAACUGGAGCUCCUACAAUCAUCACCUACAACAACAACUACAGAUGUUUCAACAAACACAAGUGCAGCACCUACUACAUCAAUCCUAACUGCAGGUCCUACUAUCAUUUUACCUCAAUCGACAACCACAACAACAUCCACUACAACGACUGUAGCUCCGACAAUGUCAAUCUCAACUGCAGGUUCAACUACCAAUUUAACUCCAACGACAACCACAACUGA